AUGCCAGCACUCUGCCCCUCUCUUCUCUCAGAUUCACGGCCUCUCCCACCCCUACUUGUCCCAUCGAACGAAACAGCAGCCAUUGCGCCUCUCUAUUUGCCAUCACUAUACCCCCUCCCCUGUUCCAGGCUCCAUCACAGCGAGGCAGGAGACACAGUUGGGUGGGCAUAA